AUGGUGAUAUUGGUUUUAUUUUUCGGAUUGGCCAAAUGUUUGAAAUCAUCGAUCCAAUUUCAGUCUCUCAAAUUGAAUUUCUCCGAUGUUACUAUUUCUAUACCUAAUGGCUACAAUUUAAUAUUCCAACCUUCAGAUAAAAUUCGUAUUAAAAUCACAAAAGAUAAACAGCAAAAGGCUUUUACUGUAUAUAAGGACCAAUACAUGCAAGUCUCUCGAUCAAAUAUUACAUUCAAAGCCUUCAAAAAUUCCAUUGUUCAAAUGUAUUAUUGGUUAAUUCCAACUACCUUAUGUGGCCGUUCAAGUGUUCAUUUCUCUGCUGAUAAGUCAAUUCGUUUUAACAGUGAAACAACUACUCCAAGUUCAAAAAUCUGUGUUUUUCCACAAUCUAAUGCUUAUUCUCAUGAACUUUACGGAAGCUUUACAUCAAAUAGCACAAAUUGCAGUCUAAACUUCUAUGCUAUUGAAAAGAUGCAUCUAAACGUUUUCCAAGGUUUCAGAGAGAUGAAAGCCAAACUGAAGCAACCUGUAUAUUCCACGCCAGCAAAUAAUCAUUACAAAUUAGAUUUUUCAAGUCCAUACUUCAUGCAAUACUCAAAUUGCGGUGGUUCUGAAUUAAAAUUACAGAUGUCCUCAAAAGUAGAGAGGCAAUCACAGAAAAGUGCAGACUGUGGCGUUUACUCAAUCCCUUCGAUGAAUUCUAUGGGCGGAUUGAUGCUAAACAACCAACUUGGAUUUGUUACGAUAGAAAAGUGUUCAAACAAGUCAGAAGAUGUUGCUAUAUCAUUGUUUUUAGUUUCUGGUGUUUUCUACAUCUUUUCACUGUUUUUGAUUUGUAUUUUGUUCAUUCCCGAAAAAUCUUCUCCUUUAUCAAAAUUCCGCUUGUCAUUGGCAUAA